GUAGCGAGGAUCCAACCAGACAGGAAAACGCCCGAAGAAAAACAGACGCUUUUUUACAGCUUCCUUCCCUUCUAUUUUUUCCUUUUACUACUGCGUCCUCCCAAGACGGAUCACCCCUGCUCUCUCACCAAGCACCUCAAUACCUCCUCCGCACCCGAACUCGGAAGGACUUGCAGCCUGCAGUGCCCUCGCGCACACAAAUAUUUCCUCUCUCUAAAAAGGCAGGGGGAAAAAAAAAAACCUCUCCUUCGCGUCGGGUCGCGUGGUCUGCGGAGCGGGCGUCAGCGGCCGCGUCUGCGCGUUCGCGCACGCCUGCGCAGAAGGGCCCAGGAACGGGUGGGGGGUGAAGAAGGGGCCGGCCUUCGAGCGACAGCGACGCAAGAUGGCAGCCACCACGGGCUCGGGAGUAAAAGUCCCUCGCAAUUUUCGACUGUUGGAAGAACUCGAAGAAGGCCAGAAAGGAGUAGGAGAUGGCACAGUUAGCUGGGGUCUAGAAGAUGACGAAGACAUGACACUUACCAGAUGGACAGGGAUGAUAAUUGGGCCUCCAAGAACAAUUUAUGAAAACCGAAUAUACAGCCUUAAAAUAGAAUGUGGACCUAAAUACCCAGAAGCACCCCCCUUUGUAAGAUUUGUAACAAAAAUUAAUAUGAAUGGAGUUAAUAGUUCUAAUGGAGUGGUGGACCCAAGAGCCAUAUCAGUGCUAGCGAAGUGGCAGAACUCAUAUAGUAUCAAAGUCGUCCUGCAGGAGCUCCGGCGCCUGAUGAUGUCUAAAGAAAACAUGAAGCUGCCCCAGCCGCCCGAAGGACAGUGUUACAGCAAUUAAUCAAAAGAAAAACCACAGGCCCGCCCCUUCCCCCGUUCGAUUUAAGCAGUCAUCAUUUUCCACAGUAGUAAAUUUUCUAGAUACGUCUUGUAGACCUCAAAGUACUGGAAAGGAAGCUCCCAUUCAAAGGCAAUUUAUCUUAAGAUACUGUAAAUGAUACUAAUUUUGUCCACCUGAAAUAUAUAAGUUGUGCUAUAACAAAUCAUCCUGUCCAGUGUAACCACUGUCCGCAUAGUCGAACUUCUGGGAUCAAGAAAGUGUAUUUAAAUCGAUUCCCAUCGUAAUCGGUGGGGCACAUCUAACUCAACUGUGAAAGACACAUCACACAAUCACCUUGCUGCUGAUUACAUGGCCUGGGGUCUCUGCCUUCUCCCCGUCCCCUCCCGCCGCCCUCUCCUUCCCCGCAACAGCCCUCCAGCUUGGGGUGGCUUAUUAGAGUAGAUGUGAAGGUUUCAGGUCACAGCCUGUGGGACUACUGCUGGGUGUGUGGGGGUGCUUCGUCUGCACCCCUGGUUUCUUUUUUUAAGUCUUAAAUGAUGUCCCCCUUCCAAGCCACCACCCUUCCCCACUCCCUACCACCACCCUUGGCCGAAGCAUAGAUUGUAACCCCUCUCUGCUCCCCUCUGAAAUUGGCCUUUGGCGAGGAAUUCAGGGCUUUCCCAAUCUUCUUCCCCCUCCCCACACCUUUACAUCGAGGGGUGCUGCUUUCUCCUUACUCCUCCUCAAGUCCUUUUCUUCAUGGUUACACUCAACACUAUCUGUGACGCUCCCUAGCUUUGGCCCGAAGCCAUCAGGUGAGGUUAGAAAGAGUCUCUGACCUCCCUUGCUGAGUUUCGGAACCACGUGGAUGUAUUCCACCAGCCUAGGAGACGAAUAUCGGGUCCUCCGCCUGCCCCUCUGCUGCCACCAUCAGCUGACACGUUUCUUUUAGCUCAGGAAGGCCACAGAAGACACUUGUAAGCACACAGAUCCCUCUGAAUGAAUUUUUUUUUGUCCCUAUAAUUGCUUUUGCUUUUACAAAUUGAAGUUUUAAACAGGGCUCUCACUUGGUCAUCUUUGCCACCCAUUCGGGUCUAGUUUGGAAUCUGACAACUGGAACAAAAAGAACCUUGAACUCGGUGCAUACUUUGGUGUUGGUGCUGUAGCUUCUCGGGGUCCUCAGCAGGGAUUCAGAAAGAGCUCGGUGUGCACCACAGAACCCCAAAGUUGGCGGGCUUGACUUCCUGGCUAAAUGCUCCGAUUCCCGCUUUUCUGUUCAGGACCACUAAAUGCUAAGAUGUGGGUGCGUGCGAAAUAAAAACAACUUGUGUUCUGAA